UUAAGUUAGCGACAGCUCGGGUCACGUCUCAGACACCGAGAGUUAGUCCGAGCUUCUGGAGACGCACUCGGCUUCAUAUGAGCAGCGCGUAAGGGUUCUCCAGUCAGACGCACGUUCCCUUCGCGUGACACAGACUCGUGACGUGGGCUGACCUGCUGUAAAGAGAAGAGGAAGUUUGUUUCCGUAAAAGCGAAGGCGUGGAGCGGGCAGGGGAAGUGACCGGCUUUCCCUCCCCGUGCUGUCCCCGCAGGAUGUCGUUGUCUGCGAUCCAGAGUCUCAGAGCCGCAGCGGUGCUGGAGGACUGCGCGCAGCAGCUGGACAUCCUGGGACAUUCCCUGUCGGUGCAGAUGCGCAGGGAGAGGGGCCCCGCACCUGGCCAGGGCCCCUCACUGGGUGCUACCCCCCAGCUAUCAGCAAACAGCCUGCUGCUAUCAUCUGUCUGCCUUGGCAGUUAUAAUACGGAGAAGGUCAGGCUGUUGAAGCUGAAAACCGAUUGUCUGUUCAUCACCCAGAAUAUAUCUGAGCUAUGCUUUGAGCUGGAGGAGAAGGGGAGGUUUAGCUCAUUUCCAGAGGCUGUGGAGGAAGAGAAGAGGCAGCGGGAGGACGGGGCGAAAAGAGAGGAAGAAAUUACGCUGAAACAGAGAAGACAGGCUGUGGAUAAACAAGAAUUGGACAUCUUGGCCAAGCGGGAUGAACUGAAUAACAUUAAUGUUCGGCUGAAUGAACUGAAGCAACAACUAUCACAAGCAAAGAAUAAGAAGCCAAAUAAUGUGACCAUGUCCCAACAAAUGCUGACCGAGACCUGGCAGAGGGCUCAUCUGAAGGAUAAGCUGGAGUUUCUGCAGAAACAGCUGGUAGAAGAGAUGAUGUCUCACGAGGAAUCGGAGAAAUUCCUCCAAAAUCAACAGACGGAGCUGCGGGUGAUGCUGCGCAACUGGAAGCAGCAAACUAAGGAGAUGCAGCAGGACAAGCAGAAGAAGCUUGAUAACCUGGGCUGCAAAAGAACUCUGAACACGGACAGACUGAUGGAGAUGAGGAGGAAGUUCAGGGUGAUGGAGCAGGUGAUUAUGGAAGACAAGGAGGAGCAAGAGAAGCUACGUGAGCUGGAGGAAAAGGCUAGAAUUGCCACCAAGCUUCAGGCCUGGUGGAGAGGCUGCAUGGUCCGCCGCGGCCUCGGCGCUUUCAAGAAAGCAGGAGAGGGCAAGAAAGGCAAGACGAAGAAAGGAAAGAAGAAGAAGAAAUGAGAUUUCUGCGGUGACAGUCACUUAUAUGGAGAUUGAGCAAAACUGGACACAAAUAUCUAAACUGUAGGCAUGUGUUUAUUUAUUUUUU